UCGGUUUACGCGGUUUGCACGCCCGGCGGCGGCGGCGCCCUGCCUGUGCGUGAAUAGAGGCACGUGCCUAGUAAGUUAUAGCGAAGUGUCACUCUAUAUGAACGCGCUGCGGACGCUCGCGGCGCUGCUGGUACUCCUUGUGCUAGCGGCGCCCGCGCAACUUGUCUCCGUCCAGCGGAUUCGGCUGACGUUCGCGCAGGAGUAUUCAUUCUCCGUCAACAGCAGCAUCGAGUACAUCUUCGACUUCGUGCCGAAAGACGACGAGGGCGCGUGGCCGACGCGGCUGUGGGUGCGCAGCUCGGGCGGCGAGCCGGCGCAGCCGCUCCUGCUCACGGCCCGCCAGCGCAGCGGCGCCCUCACCUGGCAGCUGCCGUACCUCUCCGCGAGCGGACGGUACACGUUCUACGAGCUCACGCGCACGCUGUGCUACGACGCCUACGCCGUCAAUGCCGUUGAUUCGCCCGACUGCGCAGACGAUAGCGCACUCGCAGUGCGUGGCGCGUUCUCCCUACACGUGUCGUCGGCUUGUCGCUCGAGCGUGCGUCUAGACAUGCGCGCGACGCCGCUGCGCGACUGGCGGCUGCCCUUCCAGAGCGAUCAUCGCUUCGCCGUCGACCAGACAUCCCCUCGCGCGUACCUGUACGAGUUCUUGGAGGGCCAGGACCACGUGCGACUGGUGAUCGCGUCUGACGACGACACUUGCGCCACCGUGUCUGUGCAAAACAAUUCGUGUCCGGUAGGCGAGUCAUUGGCGGAGGAGAAGCGCCGCAGCCUGCGCAUGUCCAUGAUGCGCUCAGGCGCAGUGCAGCUCGCGCGCAGCCAGUUCCCACACGGCUUCUUCGUUGUUGCGCUGGUCGAGGAGUCGGACGUGGCGUGCACCGGCGACGACGCGGGCGAGCCUGAGCACGAGCCUGAGUGGCUGUGGGAGGCCACGUUCAAUGAGGCCGAGGUGGACGCCGUCGCGCAUGUGGACCCACUGUCGCGCCGGAAGAAUUUCACUGUCACUGUCGCGGCGGCGCUGACGCGCGCGCAGUACGCAGUGGCGAGUGUGGUGGCCCUCGCGGUGUUCCUGGUGUUCUACGUUGCGUUCUUGGUGCUUGUGUUGGCGCAACGUUUCUCGCUCUGCAAGCCGCUCGUCGCACCUAAGGCCGUCCUCGCCGACACUACGACAGGCGAGAAUGGCGUGGAGGGGACCGAUGCUGAUGGCGCUGAUGGCGCCGCCGGCGUCGACAGCCGUGCGCGCCGCCACCGUCGCCGUCGCCGUGAUUCCAACGCUACACUCGACAGCUGCGACGACAGCAAUUCUGACGAGGAACCUCCAGCGGCGCCGACCGAUGCAGGCGCUGCAGCCCGCUUCAUCGGGGGUGACGGCGACCGCGAACAGCCGCAGACGGCAGAGGCGUCGCCGACGCCGUUCGGAUUGCCAGCGAAGCUCAACGUGGCGGCGCUGGCGCGGCGGCACACGCGCACGCUCAUCGCGCGUUCCGACCGCUACCUGUCCACGCUGUUCACCGUCGCCGUCUUCUACGCACUACCCGUACUGCAGUUCGUCGUCACUUUCCAGAUUAUCCUGAACGUGUCGGGGUCACUGGAUCUGUGCUACUACAACUUCUUGUGCGCCAACCCUGCGGGCGGGCUCUCCGACUUCAACCACGUGUUCUCCAACCUCGGCUAUCUGCUGCUGGGCAUGCUGUUCGUGAUCCAAGUACGCCGGCGUCGUUCUCGACGCAGACGCCGGCCGCGACACGAGGAAUACGGUAUUCCCGAGCACUACGGGAUGCUGGAAUCGCUGGGCGUAGGCAUCAUGGUGGUCGGAGUGCUCUCCGCCAGUUACCACGUGUGCCCCAACCGGCUCAAUUUCCAGUUCGACACGGCGUUCAUGUACGUGCUGAUGGUGCUGAGCAUGGUGACGAUCUACCAGUCGCGACACCCCGACAUCAAUGCGCGCGCGCACGCCACCUUCGGUGUGCUGGCCGUCCUCAUCGCGUUAGUGGUGUGGGGCGUGAUCGGCGGCAACGCCAUCUUCUGGGCCGUGUUCACGGUGCUCCACAUAUUCACAAUCCUGCUACUGUCGCUGCAUAUCUACUACGUGGGGCAGUUCACGCUGGAUAAGCACGGUCUGACGGAGGCGACGCGUGGCUUGCGCGAACUGCCGGCCGGCGGGAGACCACUGUAUGGCGCGCGACUGGCGCUACUGCUGAUCGCCAAUGCCGUUAAUUGGGGUUUUGCCGUGUACGGCAUGGUGACGAUGGCGACCGACUUCGCGGGGCACAUGCUGUACGUGCUACUGUGCAAUACGUUCAUGUACAUGUUGUUCUACCUGGUCAUGAAACUGCUGCACGGCGAGCGCCUGCGCUGGUACUCGUGGCUGUUUUUAGGCAGCGCGGUGGCGACGUGGGCUCCCGCCCUCUAUUUCUUUAUGUACGGCAGCACCGAGUGGUCGACGACGGCCGCCGCCUCGCGCGACUUGAACCACGAGUGCAAAGUGUUGCGCUUCUACGACGCACACGACCUCUGGCACUUCCUGUCCGCCAUGGCGCUGUACCUCUCCUUCAACGCGCUGCUCACUUGGGACGACGGGCUGUCCGCCGUCAAGCGAACCGAUAUCGCAGUCUUUUAAAAAUUCCUAUACUUACGUUUAAGGCACACUAUUGUCUCUGCUGUGUUUAGUAGUUAAGAUUAACACUAGCUUUAAAUAAAUAACAAUAAACCAUUUUAAAUUUAAAUCU